CAACAGAUCACUCACCCAUUUGACCAAAACCAUGUUCUGUCUUUGCUCUCUACCCCCAUCUAUCCAGAAGGCUUAUUCCGCUGUGAUGCUUGUGGCAAGCAAGGCAGUGGCUUCUCUUACCAUUGUGGGAUAUGCAAUAUUGAUCUCCAUGCUAAAUGUGCAGCCAUGCCACUAAUUGUCGCCCACCAAUGUCACCAUCACCAGCUCAAUCUCACUUUUUUUAUUCCUUAUCUUAACAAAUGUUUCUCUUGUGAUAUAUGCCACAACCUGGGGUCCAAGCAAUGGCUCUAUAGGUGCAACCUGUGUGAAUUUGAUGCUCACUUGGACUGUGCCACAGCAGAGCCAAAAACAGCUCCUGUUCAAGCUCCAAUUCAACAGGUUCGAGCACCAAUUCUACAAGGUCAAGUACAAUACUACCAAAGAGCACCAACACAAGCUAUUACUCAGUAUCAGGUUGUUGGAACUCCAAUGGUAACAAGGCCACCCAUGCAAAGCUUUGCACCUAAUAAUAUGCUCAUGGCUGUUGGGAGAUCAAAUCAGCAGGGAUAUCCUUUGUUGAACCAGGUACUACAAGGACUACUAGGUGUUGGAGGUGGUGGAAUUGAUCUUGGAAGCAUUCUUCGUGGGGGUGGAGUAGACUUUGGAGGAUUAGGUGGACCAGACUUUGGAGGAUCUGGAAGUUCUUAAAGUUAUAAGCUUUCCAUUUUUCUUUUACAUAAUUUUUCUUGCCAAGGACAAGCUUGCUUCUGUUUUGUUUGAUAAUCAUCUGCUAAUGUAUUGUUGAGUAUGAUUGUUGGCAUCAGAAUUGGAUUUCAGCCAGCAAGGCAUAUAACCUUUGUUUGCUUAUUUGAUUCUGAAACUCAGGAAAAUCUGUUAAGCUUCUACUCCUCUGGGUGUCCAUAGCUUGAUUAAAUGCAAUGAUAUGGUGUCAUUUUAAA